AUGGCAUCGACAACUACCUUCCUCAAUCUCCCGGUAGAGAUACACCUACUGAUCCGCGAGUACCUUGACCCUGCCUCGGCAGUGGCUUUGAAAAAUGCAAAUAAGUACCUCCGGUCUACCAUCGCCGUUGACACAACAGAGCUUGAGCUUGAAGAGUGGGAAGCAUUCUACAUCACCCUCGAAAUGUGGCCAGAAUGGCCCACUAUUACUGUGAAGGGUGUGAAAGGCUGCAGGGCAGAGGUAUACGGAGUAAGUCUGGGUGACGACGGAAAGGACACGGUUAUGCGUGGCUUUUGCGCCAGAAACUGUGGCCUUUCCACGCUGUGUAUCGCCACUUUUAUAAGAACUAGUCAACCUUACUCAGUUCGUCCUAGCGCCAUUCACAUCUUACUUCUUUUAAGACGAGCCCGGCGCAUACACCAUGAUUAUAAGGAGCAGAAGCAGAGCAUUAAGGAUGAGGGGAAAAGAUAUAAGAGGCUUUCCUCUUCCUUCUUGAGAUGUCGUUCCUCAAGAUAUUUAGAGACUCUAAUAUUGUGCUGAUAUAUCUUGGUCAGAGUGCCUGCAGUCUUAUAUAGUUCAUUCCAUCCAAACCCAACCCACGACCAGUCUAGCUAGGUUCUUCUGUGGGCAUUGAUUCCAAUGUGUUAUUAUAGCUCAUAGUCUGUCUGUCUUGCUGGUUCGGCUGUCUUGCUGGUUCGGCUGUCUUGCUGGUUUGGCUGUCUCACUGGUUUGGCUGUCUUGCUGGUUCGACUGUCUCGCUGGUUUGGCUGUCUUGCUGGUUUGGCUGUCUCACUGGUUUGGCUGUCUUGCUGGUUUGGCUGUCUCUUUCUUCUCCUAACUAUCUUAGGGCGAGUGAUUUCUAAUGUCACGGGCUAGAAGCCGGUUCGACCUAUGACCUAGGUUUGGAUAGUAAGAAAUUACUAAGAAGUCUAACUGGGGGCGUAUCGUG